AUGAUACUGAUGGAGAAUAGGACAGGAGUGACACAGUUCAUCCUGCUGGGACUCACAGAUGACCCAGGCCUGAAGGUUCCCCUCUUUAUAACAUUUCUCCUCAUCUACAUCACCACUCUGGUUGGGAAUCUGGGGAUGAUCUUGCUGAUUCUUUCAGACUCACGGCUCCACACUCCCAUGUACUUUUUCCUAGGUAACCUUUCCUUGGUUGAUUUUGGCUACUCUUCAGCUGUCACUCCCAAAGUCAUGUCUGGACUCCUCUUAGGAGACAAGGUCAUGCCCUACAAUGACUGUGCGGCUCAAAUGUUCUUUUUUGCAGCUUUUGCUACUGUGGAAAAUUUUCUGUUGGCCUCAAUGGCCUAUGAUCGAUAUGUAGCAGUGUGUAAGCCCCUGUACUAUGCCACCACCAUGACUACUAGUGUGUGUGCAUGGCUGGUCACAGGCUGUUAUGUUCUUGGUUUCUUGAAUGUCUCUGUAUAUACUGGGGACACGUUCAGUCUCUCCUUUUGUAAGUUCAAUGUGGUCCAUCAUUUUUUCUGUGAGAUCCCAACAGUCAUGGCUCUUUCUUGCUCUGAUAGACAUGUAAAUGAACUGGUUCUUAUUGGCUUAGCCAGCUUCAAUAUCUUUUUUGCUCUCAUAAUAAUCUUAGCAUCCUACAUGGUAAUUUUCAUCACCAUUCUGAAGAUGCACUCAGGAGCAGGACAUCGGAAGGCUUUUUCCACCUGUGCCUCCCACUUCACAGCAGUCUCCAUUUUCUAUGGAACCAUCAUCUUCAUGUAUUUGCAGCCCAGCUCCAGUCAUGCCAUGGACACUGACAAAAUAGUGUCUGUGUUCUACACCAUGGUCAUCCCUAUGCUGAACCCUCUAGUCUACAGCCUGAGGAACAAAGAGGUCAGGAAUGCAUUCAUGAAGGUUGUGCUGAAGAAAAAAUAA